AUGAAUCCCAAAUCCACAACCCGCCCUCAAGCAAAGGCCAAGCCAGCUCAAGCCAAUGCAACCAACCUGAGACAGCCUGCCCCCGAGACAAAUUGGGUAGCCCCCGAGAGAGAGUGGACAGACAAGAACGCUAUCAAGAAUGCCAAGAAGCGUGACCGAAGAAAGGACCGCAACAAAGACCGUACUGGAGGCGCCACGUUGGGGGAUAUCAGUGGACUCUGCCGCGGUGGCGCUGCUGAAGAGUCUGGCGGACCCGGAUGCAAGAAUAUUGGUGAGUACUACAAGGGUGGAAAGAUAAAUGAGAAAGGCGUCAACAACCGUGGAGGGGGAGGAGGGAAGAUAGGCGAUGGAGGUGACCACGCAGACGACGAGUCAGCAGAGGACGAGUCAGCAGAGGACGAGUCAGCAGAGGACGAAGAAAAGCUCUACUGGGUCGUUCCUCCCGUCCAGCUCAAGAAAUUUCCGAAGCUUCCUUUCGAGCUCCGACGUAUGAUUUGGGAUCUCGUCCUCCCCGACCCCCAAGUCAUCAAGAUCAGCGCCAACGGCUACUUUCGCCGGGAAGCCAGUGGCCGCACCACCACGCAAGACUGGGUCUACCGUCCUAGCGCCCAGUACCGAGUCCCCUACAUGCUGAGCGUCUGCAGAGAGUCCCGCGAAGAAGUGAUGGUCCAUUCCGUUCCUUGCUUUGCCAGCAUCUUCGGCGGCACCCCCAUCUACUUCAACGCAAAGCAAGACCUGAUGUACUUCCCCGACACCGAAGCGCUCAUGCACUUCUACGCCGGCGUCGUUCCCAACCUUGUCAAUCUCAGCCUUAUCACCGGCGGAUACAGCUGGAGCAUGACCGACUUCCAUACCGUCGUCCGCCAGAUUGCGAUCGGUAGCGUCACGAACAUGGAGAAGGCGAUCGGCGGGGUCCUGAACCAGAUGCGUGGCCUCGAGAGCGUCCUAAUCGGGGACAAGGGCAUCCGCGGGACCGGUGACACUCUCAUCCUGCAGCUCACCCAGGGCGUUCGGGCGCUGACCAUGGGCUGGAAAGACCACACCGUCCGACGUCCUGCUGAUCGAAGUGUCGCGUUCAAGUUCGUCCCGCGCGGUGCGUUUGUCCGUGCCAUCAACGAGUGGGAGGGUAACAUCUUUCCCGAGGAGGACUUAGCCGAGGAGACGGAGGUGGGAAAUGGUGCUCAGCCGAACGUCCCGCUGCCUCCACCUGUUUCGAUGGCUUUCAACCACCAGGCUAGCGCACUUCCAAUCGUCGCUCGCCAAGUUAAUUCCAUCACUGUCGUCGUUCGGGCAGACCAGCGGUAA